CCCCUUCCGCAGACUCACCAUCCAUUGCGCUCCGCCAUCGUCGUCUUCAUCCCCUUUUUCCAUCAUUCCCAACCCUAAUUUCGCCAUGAAAAACCUCAAGCACCCAUCGAAGCCUUCAUCCUCCUCCGCCUCCGCUCGCAAAUCCCGUUGGGAAUCCGACACCUCCGCUAAAGAUCGCCCCGCUAAAGAUCGCCGAUCCCCACCCGAUCCCAAACCCUCCUCCAAGGACGAACCACCUCCUCCUCGUCCCGCCUCCACCUCUGCCACCGCCUCUGGAGGCGGCGCCGGAGGAGGGGCUUCCCCGUUCGCUGGCCACCCUGACAUUGCCCUCCCGCCACCUCCCCCACCCUACGGUUUCCACAACCUUGAUCGCCGCACUAUCGUCCUUGCCGAUGGUAGCGUCCGCUCCUACUUCGCGCUCCCGCCGGACUAUCCCUUGGAGCCCCAAGCUCCAUUUUCUCGACCACCUCAUGGUCCGGACGGAGUCUUCGACAAGCGCUUCCCUCCACCCCCGCAUCCUCUCAACGCCGGACGCUUUAGUCCUAAUGAUUUUCGUGAGCCGCCCCCGUCCUUCCGCCGUGAUGACUACUGGGCGUCCCUCGGGCUAGAUGGUCCUCGUGCUUCUGAAGCUGGGCCGUCUUCGAUGAAGAGGAAGUAUGGGGAGGAGGAUGAGUUUGCGCGGCAUCGGCAGAGUGUGCUCCAGUAUGGUAGUUCUAACCCUAUGGGCUCCCGUCAGGUUCUGGGGGUGAUCGUGGGGAUUUCACCCGGCGAGGUGGCAGCCCUCAUCGGCGGGAACUAUCAUGAUGAUAGUAGGAUGGUGAAACAGGGGAGGUUUGAAGCGGAGGGCUAUGAUGGCGUGCUGCCUAGGAGGGGUCGACGUGAUGAGGAUUUCCCGGCUGUGGACGUGGACCCUAAGGCUCUGAAGAGGGCUUUCCUUAAGUUUGCAAAGAUCAUCAAUGAGAAUUUGUCUCAGAGGAAAAACUAUUUGGAAGAUGGGAAGAAUGCGCCAUUGCAGUGCAUUGUCUGCGGCAGGGCAUCUAAAGAUUUCGCUGAUGUUCAUGAGCUUGUUCUCCAUGCAUACACCUCACAGAAUGCAGAAUUGCGUGUUGAUCAUCUUGGUUUACAUAAGGCUUUAUGUGUUCUUAUGGGAUGGAACUAUGGAAAAGCACCGGAUUACUCUAAGGCAUAUCAAUCAUUAUCUGCUGAUGAUGUGGCAGCAAAUAGAGAAGACUUGAUUGUUUGGCCUCCAACUGUGAUUAUUCACAAUACGAACUCAGGAAGAAGAAAGGAUGGCCGCAUGGAGGGUAUGGGUAAUAAAGAAAUGGAUACCAAAUUAAAAGAUCUAGGUUUCGGCGGUGGCAAAUCCAAGUCUAUGUAUGGAAAGGAGGGACACAUGGGGAUGACACUAGUGAAGUUUGCAAACACUCAAGCUGGUUUGAAGGAGGCUGAGCGUCUAUCAGAAUACUUUGAGAAGGACAACCAUGGUCGAAAAGGCUGGUCAAGGGCGCAAGCUAUGUCGUCCAGUCUUGACGAUGACAAGAAUCCUGCCCUGGUCAAGUUGGAUGAGAAGACGGGCGAGAAGAAGCGAAUCUUGUAUGGUUACUUGGUUACCGCAUCAGACCUCGACAAAGUCGAUCUUGAUACGAGGAAGCGACUGGUCAUCAAAAGCAGGAAGGAACAUGAUUCAUCUGACUAGUUAUUUCUUGCCAAUGAUUUACUUCUUCGACGACUAAAUCUAAACCGGACUGCCUUUCUUAGCUGUUGCCUACAUGUUAUUGUGGAAGAGUAAAAAUUGUCAUGCUUUUGAAUGUAUGCAUGUAGGUAAUGGUAAAUCUUGAAUAUGAAACAGAGAUCUCCUGCAUUUCAGAAUUAUAAGGUGAUUCAUCAGGGCUCUGCCCUGUGUUUCUUGUUGCCAUGUAGUUGAGGAGUUCUUCAAUGGCAGUGGCUUUUAUUUAUUUAUCUAAUUUUUAUAUUUUUGGGGUUCA